GAUGGUGUUAGCUUUAUUUCUUGCUCGUAUUUUAGAUGUUAUAUACUCCGUACUAUAAAGAUAUCCCUCCUUAUCAACUAUUCUCGCUUCCUAGGUGUUGAUUCCCUUGUUCAGCGUCACUAUGAACAGCCUAGGGUUCCGAGUCGAGCCCUUGCAUUUUCUAGCCCGUACCACUAAAACAGCCGCGAUCUUCAAUCACCACUUAUCAAGACGGAUAGCGAAUAAUAUGAAAGGACCAGAGCGCCUACUGUGAUCUGUAUCAACGAGGACCCUGCUCCCUCCGAUGUAACGGGAUGCUCCGUCCCUAUCAGGACCUAUCAGGGGUACAACGUCCAUACAGGUACCUUUGGACAGCGAGAUAAACUCACGACUUAUCAUGGCCGUGACUCAGAGGACUGGUCUAGAUGAUAAGAGCAAGAUUCAAAUACCGCGCAUCCCCUCUGUUCUUUCUAGCUUUUCCCUUCUCUUCUUGAUUCCAGUUUUGGUCGUGAUGACUAACCUUGCCAUAACCUUAAUGGUACCUCCGACGAUGUCCCGGACUGGAUGGUAUGGCCAGGCAUUUAUCGACAUGAGGGUUCUGUUUACUGGAUGAUAUGAUCAUAUGCCGUUGUCAUACGAUGUCUUACUCCGGAGAAUUUACUCGGUAUUCGAGAAUUCAGUGCUACUUCUAUACAGACGAAUGCUACGGAGUACAAAAUCAUCUUCUCGGGCGAAUGCUUAGACCAAUCAGACAAACCCGACCAUUCAAGCACAUAAUUCGAUUGCCAAAUGCUUUCCAACCUUAUCUGUG